AGUUGUGUUUUUUUCUUUUUUUUUUCUUUUUUUUUUUCUCCUUUUUCGGUGUACUGCCGCCCACCGCCUCGGUAACGAGUGCUUUUGUUGGGCUUUUUUCACCUGACCUGCCAACAUGCCAGCCGCACUUACAGAUUCCAGUCAGAUAAUCUGUGAGGUCUGGGCGAGCAAUGUUGAGGACGAAAUGAGGAAGAUUCGGCAGAUUAUUCAAAGCUACAAUUACAUUGCAAUGGACACAGAGUUCCCCGGAGUUGUUGUCAGACCGAUUGGAGAGUUUCGGAGCACAGUGGAUUACCAGUACCAGCUGCUGAGGUGCAAUGUCGACCUCCUGAAGAUCAUCCAGCUUGGGCUCACGUUCAUGAAUGAGGAAGGAGAUUAUCCCCCUGGCACAACAACGUGGCAGUUUAACUUCAAGUUUAACCUUACAGAAGACAUGUACUCGCAAGACUCCAUAGACCUGCUUCAGAACUCUGGCCUCCAGUUUAAAAAACACGAAGAGGAGGGAAUCGACACGCUCUACUUUGCUGAGCUCCUCAUGACGUCCGGCCUGGUGCUGUGUGAAAACGUCAAGUGGCUCUCCUUCCACAGUGGGUAUGACUUUGGCUACUUGGUGAAGCUCCUGACGGAUGCACGCCUUCCCGAGGAGGAGCACGACUUCUUUCAGAUCCUCAACUUGUUUUUCCCAGCGAUCUAUGACGUCAAGUACUUGAUGAAAAGCUGCAAGAACCUGAAGGGAGGGCUACAGGAAGUGGCAGACCAACUGGAGCUGAAGAGGAUUGGACGGCAACAUCAGGCUGGGUCCGACUCACUGCUCACAGGCAUGGCGUUCUUCAGGAUGAAGGAGCUUUUCUUCGAAGACAACAUCGACGACGCAAAGUAUUGUGGGAGAUUGUACGGCCUGGGCUCGGGCUCCACCCAACCCCAGAACGCCAUCUCCAGCUCGGGCCAGGAGGAGACCAACAACAAGCACUGACUGAGCGCUCGACCCUCCAAGUGGAACAUGCACUUGUUUUAAAACCCAACCAGCAGACCCCCACCACAUGCUCUCAGACGUCCCUCGGCAAGACUUUACUAAAUGCAUAUUUGUUUGAGCGUCGCCCUGCCAAGUGACUCGGUGACAGUGGCUCCUUCACCGCUUUCUUUUUAGUCACUUUUAUGAGUAUAUGGCCAUAUAUUCAUAAGACUUUUUUAAAAAAGCUUUUUUUGUUUUCUUCUCUCUCACAGCAUCAGUGACAUCUUUCUUUACAGCAUGGGACCAGCUGCUCGAUCUUACUGUGAUUUUUAGACCAAACAUUGACACGAAAGGUCAGGUCUUUUUCAUCAGCCGGACUCUUCUCUUGUUGCAGGGAUUUUUUUUUCUUUCCUUCUUUCUUUUUAAGUUAAUGCUGGAAGGGCCUGUAAAUUAAAAUGUAUAAUUUUGAUGCAAAUAAAUGUUUUAGCUCUUUUCCACUUUGAGAAACUUUUAACAGUGGGAGUUGGAGUGUAUAAUUGUGCUUGGGUACUCACAUGCUUCACUGGCCAAACUGCUGUCCUUCUGUACAUUCACCCUCAGAUCAAACUGUCCACGGUCACUUGUGCAGGUGUUGUGGUCACUUUUCUUUUUUUACAUUCUUCAUUGUUUUAAACAGUUGUACAUUAAAUUGUUUUGUAUUUUCAAUGCAAGCAAAAAGCAUUUGCUCUUUUCUUUAUUAAGUAGAUUUACAGAAACACAGUGUGUGUCUGUGUGUAGAAGGGUUAAUGAUAUAUAGAUGGACUCCAUCACAGUUUGUGCUCAUAGAGAAAAUUCUGAUGAUUUAGGAGAGAGAAGAUGAGCAUUUAGCACAAAUGUACAGCUUUCUGAAAACAGGAAAAUCAUCUCCUUCUAGGUUUUACCAUCUUUUCUCCAACUCCUAAACCAUUUGGUGCUACAGAGAAAAUUCUGAUGGUUUUUGAAAGGUGAGCUUUAAUUUUACAGUCAAAAUUAAAAAAAUAAGUCCAAGCGGCCUGUACGAUACAACAAAGACUUCUGUGAUCAUGUUCUUUUGAAGAUGUUCAUUGAAAAAGAAAUUUGACAUGUCAGUGUGUAUAUCAAAGGUGUGCUAAGACGACCAUUAGUAUUUUGAGUUUUUCCAAGGGAAGCUGUGUAGUGAGAGACCACCUUCACUACCUUCUGAUGCACACACAGUUCUAUAAGGUUACUCCUGAAAAGCUUUCCAUGAUCAUUUUAAAUCAGUUUUUUUUUUCUUAA